GGUAGGCCUAGUUAAUAAACUCGAGCUUGACAGGGAAAUAAACAGUCCUGGGACAGAAAAACCGAUCCACAUCCUAGUCCUACACAUCGUUUUGAUAGAUCUAUACAAAGCCACAAUGAACGUAAUAUUAGCUGUAAAGCAGUAUAUUAGCAAGAUGAUAGAAGGCUGUGGAGGAGGAAUGAAAGUGUUGCUUAUGGAUAAAGAAACGACAAGCAUAGUGAGUAUGGUAUAUGCACAGUCAGAAAUUUUACAGAAAGAAGUGUACUUGUUUGAGAGAAUUGACACAGCUGGCAGAGAGACGAUGAAGCAUCUCAAUUGUAUUGCCUUUUUGAGACCCACGAAGGAGAAUGUUGAUUUGCUUGCCCAGGAGCUUCGUAUGCCUAAAUAUGGCUUAUAUUUCAUUUACUUCAGCAAUGUGAUUAGCAAACAAGAUAUCAAAGUUCUUGCUGAGGCUGAUGAUCAAGAAGUUGUGAGGGAAGUGCAGGAGUUUUAUGGAGACUACAUAGCUGUCAAUCCACAUUUGUUUUCCUUAAAUCUUGUGGGAUGUUGUCAGAACUUCAGCUGGUUUCCUCCAGUUUUGUCUCGCACCAUUCAGGGCUUGACCUCUGUACUGCUUUCCCUGAAAAAAUGCCCAAUGAUUCGGUACCAGAACUCGUCUGAAAUGGCACGCAGACUGGCUGACAGUGUCAGGCAAGUGAUCAGCAAGGAGGCAGCCCUGUUUGAGUUUAGAAAAACAGAUGUGCCCCCAGUUCUCCUUAUCCUGGACCGAAGAGAUGAUGCAGUGACACCGCUCUUGAACCAAUGGACAUACCAAGCAAUGGUGCACGAACUUCUCAGCAUCAACAACAACCGCAUCAAUCUGUCCACGGUGCCUGGAAUCUCAAAAGAUCUUCAGGAGGUGGUCUUGUCAGCAGAGCAUGAUGAGUUUUAUGCAAAUAACAUGUACAUGAACUUUGGAGAAAUUGGUUCCAACAUCAAAGAACUGAUGGAGGAAUUUCAGAAAAAGUCAAAGAGCCAUGCCAAAGUGGAGUCAAUUGCUGACAUGAAAGCUUUUGUAGAAAAUUACCCUCAGUUCAAAAAGAUGUCAGGCACUGUUUCAAAACAUGUGACAAUAGUCGGAGAACUCUCCCGGUUAGUGGGAGCUCACUUGCUACUUGAAGUGUCUGAGACAGAACAGGAGAUUGCAUGCCAUGGAGACCAUUCCCCUCUCCUUCAGCGCAUUCGAGCAUUGCUGGCUAGUGACAAAGUUCGACACAUAGACAUGCUUCGCCUGGUGAUGCUGUAUGCCCUGCGCUAUGAGAGCCACAGUAACAAUGAUGUCUCUGGCUUGGUGGAUGCCCUUAGACAGAAAGGUCUCUCAGCUGAGCACAGAGCUAUGGUUCAGUCUAUCUUAGACUAUGGUGGAAAGAAGGCUCGAGGCAGUGAUCUGUUUGGGAACCAGGAUGCUGUAGCUAUCACCAAGAGACUGCUGAAAGGCCUGAAGGGUGUUGAGAAUGUAUACACCCAACACAAGCCCCUCCUCUUCACCAUUUUGGACCAGCUCAUAAAAGGCAAGCUGAAGGAGGCAAGCUACCCAUACCUGGGUACUGGCCAGCUCAAGGACAGGCCCCAAGAUAUUAUUGUGUUUAUCAUUGGUGGAUGCACAUAUGAAGAGGCCCUUGCUGUGCACAACUUCAACAGGAUGAUGCCUGGGGUUAGGAUUGUUUUAGGUGGAACUACCCUUCACAAUUCCAAGAGUUUCUUGCAAGAGGUUUCUACUGCUGUCGGCUCUGGAGGGUCUGCUGGGCAGAACAUGCGCAUGGGUAGACAGUGAACAUUGUCACCAUUGGCUUACAGAGCUGCAGCUUCAUCAGAUCAAAAUUGACAAUGAUAAUUUCAGUAAAAUGUGAUAUUAAGUCAGUUUUACAUGUGCAUAAGGUGGGACAGCAUUGUCAAAAUGAUAUAUAUCUAUAAAGAUAACUCUUGGUUAUAGUUAAGAAGUAUUGUUUUUGAGUUUGAUUAGCGAAAUACUGAAAGCACAAAUGCUUAACUGUUUGUUUUACAUCUGUUGUCAAGAAUAUUGAGAGUACUUUCCAUAGGGUAAGACAAGAUAUGCUUUGCUCUUCCUCCAUUUGCACAAAAUUGACAAUGUGCUUUCACCAGCAUGCAUUGCAAAAUAUAAAUGCAUAUCAUUGGACACAAGCUCACACACGCGUAUGCAUGAAAUACACACACCCUCACACACAUGCAUGUACACACUCAUUUGCACCCACAGGUUUUUACCUGGACUGAGAUUAUAAUGGAGUUUUGCACUUAUUUUGAGAAUACUGCUACAUCUGUCUCAUAUCAUCAAGUAUCCAACCUUUUCCUUCUAGUGUAGUGUAAGACAAAGCUCUUUCUUGGCAGAUGAGGCCAAUGGGUUUGCGACUGAAGUGUUCCAUGUGUCCAUAGCAGGAAGGAUAAUAAAUGGUACAAGAUCACCCCCUAGAUGGAGUGUGGGUUGCAUUUUUCUCAAGCAGACUAGAAAGAAGAAAAAUGUUUUAAAAUGUCUUUACCAUGGACACAGUUUCAGAACUUGAACCACAAUGAAUAGUGCCCAUGAACGUUUCGACCCUUGAAAGCAAAAUUCAAGAAAAUUUAGGAAACAAAACAAGAAGAAUAUUUAAAAGUAGUGAUACUACAAAUAACAAACAGCUGAAAAGUGUUAUCUGUGAUUAAAAAAAAAAAAGUAAAGAUAAUGGCUUUUAACGACUAUUUGGUUGUCAUCGAUCGUUUUUGUUCAUGAGUCCAGCAACUUAACCUUUGAGCCACUUUGUGUACAUUGAAAACAAUAUAACUUUUUGCGAGUAUCUGAGUCUCUGUCUACUGUCCACAGUGGUCAUUCUCAUUCUGUUGUUAUUGCAGACCAGUGCAAUUAUAUUGGGCAUCUCUAUGAUUCUGUGACACAUUAAAUGGAUCCACCUUCAUUGUAACCUCUUUCUUCAAAAGUCAUACCUUGAACUCGUAUCUUGGAAAAGUAUUUUUGUCUUGCACAGUGUUGGGGUAAGUUGUAUGGAUUAUCAAUAUUUGCCUUUGAAUGCAUUUAUUAUGCAGUCUAGGAUAUAAAGUUAUUUAUUAUCUUGAUGUUCAAGUGAUAUACAGGUCUCCAUCUUUGAAAUAUCCUGUUCCUUCAUUAUUGAAAAAGUAAAACAAACUUUUAUAAAAAUGUAGAUCAGUAUUUUAAACAAUAUAUCCAUUGCAUUAGCGGUUAUCAUUGCAGGAUGUUUUUCACUAUCGGCGAAAUAUGUACUAUAAUGCAACCUGUGAGCUCAACAUGUCAGAGACUGAUUUUUGUUGAAUUUGACCUGGAUGAAGCCCACAGUAAUUGGAUGGCUUUUUGUUUUAGACAAUUAUACUAAUAGUUUGUCAUUCAGUAUCUAAUGAUGACCAAUCUACAGUAUUUCCCUAAGGAAAACCGAAGACACAAGGUUUGAAAUGAUUUGCUUCUGCUACUUUUUUAGAUAGGCCCAUCAAGUUGGUGUCUGAUGUUGCUUUAGAAGCAAAAUGUCAAGUCACCAUACAGGUUUGGUUACCCACGGACUGUAGGUUUCAUUCUAGUCAAUUUUAACUGGAAAAGUCCCUGUUUGAGUGGUCCCCAGUCCCCAUCAGAGACACUAGUUCCUAUCAAAAGGAGUGUGAGUCACAAGCAAAAGUGCUGCAAAACUAUUUACAAAGACGCCAUUCGCAAUGGAUCUAUAGAUAUAGGGAUGAAGAAGAAGUAGGGGCACUUUUUCUUUUAAAUAAAAGUUUGGGUUUAUGUUGUAUGAUGUGCAAUAUUUGUGAUAGCAGAUGGUGUAGAUGAAAUACACGGCCUGGACUGAGCUGAGGAGGGCUUUCUGAAUGGGUUGGUAAUAUAUUCUUUCUUGUGGUUUGCUCUGUUUGUUUCUGAUAUUAUUGUUAGUAUUGGUGUAAUUUGUUUCCUUUUUAAAAUAUGGUUAAAAUUACAUAGACUGAUGGUACACUACAAGUUGACCUCAGCGGUUUUCUGAUUUCUUUACUCUUUGCAUUAUCGUCACUGACGAGUUUAAAAGAAAGCUUGUUAGGCUUGAGAUAUGUUUUUGCCUUCAGGUAUUCCUCAUUUGUGCCAAAGUGCCUGGCUCCAUGCCCUGCUUGUGGGGGGCAGAAUCGGUUGAUCAGUUGUGCUUUUUCUGAUUUUUUCACCAUAGGUCCAAGGGGAUAUGGAAUUGAGUGCACUGUCUCAGAUGUAAAACUCUAAAGUCACAUGUACAUAUAGCACAUGUUAAAAGUCAAAGAAGAGCUGUCCUGCAGAUGUACAAAAUUAUAUUUUUUCAAUCUAUAUUGAACCCUCAAGAAAUUAAAACCCUCUUCUAGAUAGUGUGUGGCCCUUUCAGAGUGAAGCCAUUGGGUAAGCAGUUCUUUCCUGCACAUGUGUCGUGCUGUUAGCCCCAUAAUAUUAUAGACGCCUGUUGUAAAGAUUUUAGCAAGAGUGACAUCUUGAUUUUGAGCUUUCUCUGGGGCAUGUUCAAAGCACUUUUCUAAAAAAGAUGUCCUUUUCUAAAUUGUUGUUUCCCAUAAUGUGACUGCUUUUUGGCUUUCUGGAAUGUAAGGGGCAGAACAUUGACUUGAUGUGGUAAUUGCGUGUGAUAUAAGUAAAAAUAUCUGUUACUCUGUGGUGUGAGGAACUUGCAGCUGGCUACCCCAUGGUUCAUCUGGGUUUUGCGUUUAGGAGAAAAGUAAACAAAGCAUUAAGAGGAACCCUGAAAUAUCGGGACCACUUCUCUUGUUAUAGCUUAUUCCCGAAGUGCAAACUGACUAAACAGGAAAACUGAGAACUGAUAGCUUUUGGAAAAUCUACAUAGAAUUAUAGUCUUAUUUAAAGUGAUUACAAAGGAUGCAAAGUCAUGACUGAACCAAAAUAAGUUAUGCAUUUUUGUGAAAUGCAAUAUGAGACAGCUAGGGAUUCAUGUCACUGAAAUGCUCAAAAGUUGUUGUGGUAGAUGGGAGGGUUACCCACUUAGUAUUUAGGAAAUAAAGUUGCUCAAUCUGUUUUCCUGUCUACGCUUUUGUGUUUGUGCAGAUUUCCUAGCACCAUGGCAAAAAUCGUUUGAAUAUAAGUUCUCAGAAAGGCGUCAGUGUGUUCUGAGGUAGCUCUAGAUGGGUUUUUGCUGUUGGAGUCGACACUUAGUAGUUGUGGUACCUGUAGGUAUCAUAGAAUUCUCCUGGCCAUAGUUCAAAUACCCAUCUGCUUCACAUGUACAGUUUAUGUUGUCUGCAAAUGUUUCAAUCCUUUAGUACUCUUUGAAUCCAAAUGAGAUGUGUAAAAAUAAUUGAACGGAUGUUUGUAUUUAUAAUGUAUGUGGCUGUUAAGUACAGUGGAAACCUUAACAUACUGGUACUUUUAAAAAAUAAGUCAUGUGAGGUGAAUUUGGAUGUAGCUUGAUAAGUGUAGAUUGUGCUGUGUACAUGGAACUUUUCUAACAUAUGUGUAAUCUACUUUACUUGUAUAUGUACAGAAUGUCUUGAUUUUAACUUUGUCUUUUUCUCUUUUGGAGCAUGCAAAUAUAGAUAACCUGUCUAGUCUGCUUGCCUAGUCAGGAAAAGAGGAGAGGGCAUUUCCAGUAUCAGGAGUGUCAGUCUUGCUUGAAAAUGCACGGCAGCUACUCUCAGCAAACUGAUGACUCAUUCAGUUAAGCAUUAUAUGAGACUACUGUGCAGAUGACUCUGGCUCCAACCUUUAAAGAAGCCUUUAUGAACUGGGAAUUUACAGCAUUUUCAAGGCUGUCCACUCAUUUGGCUUUACCCUAAUGAAGAUGGGCUGUAAAUUUGGAGGCCCCACUUCUUAAUUCUGAAACCCACACCUUUAACUUUCUCGCCUCAGUUUGAACUGUUCAAUAUUUGGGUUGGGUGUGCCUGUUGUAUAUUGAAAAUGUCCUCUUUAAGAGCUGAUGUUUCCAAUGAUUUAAAAACUAUGUUGAAAAAAUCCUAGAACUCAAUUUCCCAAGGGUUUUCUAUUUCUGAGAUAUCUUUUCUCAUCGCACUCAGUAGUAGCCUUUUACAUUUGUGAAGCAAAGCUUUGUGCAUCAAGAGGAUAAACAUUACAUGUUACUGGAGUUUUGUCAUGUUUUUUUUAAAUUUUUUUUUUUUUACGGAAACACAACCCUCAGUUCUUGUUAUCUUUUUGUACACUGUAAAAAAGAUUUUCUGUUUUGCACCCCUUGAAAAAAAAACUUGAUUCUUUCCAAGUUUCUUCCGUCUGUCCAAAGGCUUCCCCAAUGAUAAUUGCUUAAACGACUUGUACCGGAAUGUGGGUGUCCAUUUUUUAUUGUAAGCUUUCCAACUUGUAACUGUUGAGAAAUUGCACGCUAUUUAUUUAUGGUGCUGGUGCACUUUCAUUUCCUUACCUGGUAUGUGUUCUUGUUUUGCUUUUUUUGUAUGUUUGUUUUUGCAAAUGCAGUCCUCUUUGUCCCCCAAAAGGUGUAGUUUUUAUUUCAUAAAUACACACCUGAUCAUAAGAUGACUGAGCAGCAAGACAAGAAAAAUGUUUGUUUUCUAGUCUCAUGAUUUAAACAUGUUGUUCACAUUCCAAUGUCCAUAUACCCUAUCCCUGAAGCUCUCACCUGCCAUUACCCUUGAUAAUCUUGGUUAUAGAUACAUUCUAUGUUCACCUUUAUAGGUGUGACCAAUUUUCUGUGGAAAAGUUCUUUGUUAGCAAAUUUAAUUCAGCAAAUCUUUUCCAGCAUUUUCUGAAACGCUUUUAUGUGUCUUGUUGUUUUCCAUGUCUGUUUCCAAAAGAACUACCAGUGGUUUAUCUUUGUCAGUUUAUUUGAUUCUUGGUGCAAAGGGUGGAGUAUCUGAAUGGUGUUUGCUGAUAUCUAGAUUAGAAUCAUGUGCUCAAGUUUGUGACUGUUGCAUAGGUUCUUUCUGUUAUUUUUUUCGAUUCUGAAGAAAUCAGGAGAUUCUACUCUUGUCUUAUUUUUUAUAAUGGUUAAUGGCUUAAGUAUUUUAUUUUUUGUUUUAGAAGCUGAAUGCUGUGCCUGUUGUAUUAUGAUUGGAAGUGGGAGUUUUGCAGUACAUCAAGGUACUAUUAUUUAAAAGAAGUGAGUUUUUGUCUAUGGCCAGUAGUUUUUAUAAUUGUCUCUCUAAAAUAUUUCAUACUUUUAAAAUCAUGACUUUUAUAUCAUACUGUUGUGGGUAUGCUUUUGCAACAUUUUGUUUUCCAUCCGCUGUUUUUGUUUUUUAAAAGCAAAAGGUUUAAAUGAAGGGAACAAGCUAUAUUCAUUUCUUCAUGACCCUUAGUUUAAUAGCACAGUGGGCUGCUCUUUAGAAGGUGUAGAGGUAUUACUAUAAUCUGUUGAAGAGGUUUCAGCUGUUACUGCUUUCUAGGAGUCAAAUUGUUACUUCUCGAGAAGCGCUGCAUGUUUUACUCUAAUGUAUUACAUUUGCUGUGGGAGGGAACUAAUUUUCUGCAGUUCAGUUCCUUAAAAGAGAAAUUAAUUUCUUAAUUCAUGUAUAAGUAUACUCUUUAGAUUUAUUUGCCAAAGAGCCUUAUGUUCUUCAUUACAACAGUUUCAAGCAAUUUGUUGGUCUUCUGUUGUACUGGUGUAAUUUUGUCAUGUUGUCAUGAAUCAGUACAAUUUAACCUACUCUGUGAUCACAUGAUUGAUGAGGCCUACUCACUACUCUGUAGCUAGGGCUGGCACUUUCCAGAAAUGGUGAUGAUUAUGGAAAUAUAGAAAUUCCACUUUGUUACUUUUUCUGUAAUACUUGUUCCGCCAUUUUGCUUUUUAUGUCUCUACUUUGUUUACAUUCAAUAAGAUGCUUGAAGUACAGUUACAUAUACAUCUCACUAAUGCUCUUAGAUUUUUAUGUAUAAGACAAGUGUGUGGGUAAAAAACAGGUUGAGUGGAUGAAUGAGAAUUUAUGUUUUUUGCUGUUUGUACCAGGCAGCCAGAUGAAUAACGUGCAAGUUAUUGGUGCAUUGCCUUGCAAACUGUUAUAAUGGUAUGUGUUACAUACCAUGUCAUCUGGGCACAAUGUUAGCUCAACUGGUAUCAUGCUGACCCUUGCUGGUAUUCCUCGUGGUACAGUUUGAUCCGUGGGUUGUUUGUGGAGUUUUCAUGGCUCUCUUCUCCCUUGGCUUUGUCCUUUUGCAGAUGGACCUUAGAUUGGAGGUUGCAGAUUUUAAGUUACCUUACAGGGAUAAAAAAACUGCAUAUCUAAGAUAUAAUGGUCAUGCAGUAGAGUGUGAUUCCAUUUUGGGGGGAGGGUGUAAAUCGAGUGUUUCCUUCUGCCUGCAGGGACAUUGUAUCUCAGCCCAAGUUGGCUCUGACAGGCAGAGUUGAAAUAGAUCGCCUCCAAAACGAGCUUACGGGGGGUGUGUAGCAUCUGCAGCAAUGAAUAAAAAGGGCUAAAUAAGAGUCAAACUCUUAGGCUAACAUACCUAUGUGGUUUGCUCGUACUGGUACAGUAGUUUUAUAAGUACACAGUAUUGCCUGUCACCGAUAAAAUGGGGCAAUUACUGUGCCAUCUCUCUUUAAGUUCCGCCUCAGCUCAAUAGAGCAUCAAAGUCAAAGCAUGAGACAAUUAAAUAAUUGGUACAUUUAUGUAUUAGACCUAAUUUCUUGUGUAAAGUUUGGUGUCGUUGGAGUCGAAGUCAAAGUUCAUGUAGUUUCACUUUUUUAAUGCAUCUAAUGUGAAAUUGUUUUAUCUGAAGUUUUUUGUUUUUGUUUCAUGCUAAUGAAAAUAAACCAAAUUAUAUAUCAUGGUCUACACUAA